UUGUGCCUGCUUUUAUUAAAACAGUUGGUCUCAGAUCAGUUCACAGAGGCACAUAAUUUAUUCUAAUUGUCUCCAAUAACAUCGCUGUUCACUACACCAUAAUAUCACAAGCUCUGCCUGGCAGCUGUUGAACGGACUCUCUGAAAUCCCAUCCAAAACAAACCCCAGCAGUUUCACUGGUGCCUUAUCAGAAGGAAGGUGCUCUAAGGCAGAUAAGGAGGCUGGACCACUGCACAAGCUCGAGGUCAUUAGGCACUGUUUCUUUUUGGUAAAACGAUCCCUGUGCAACUUGGGUAUCAGACACCCUCAGCCUAGUGCCGCACACAUUCCUGUCAAAGCCUCUCUCCGGGGCUGAAAUCUCACUGUUCCUCAGUCAGGAUCAAGUGGGAAGUGCAGUUCUGGAGCCCAGUGUGUGGGGUGAAGAAGCUUUAAUCUACAACUCACUGCAGAACGGCUGAGUGCUUUCAUUGAAGAUCUGGUGCUGAAGUGUGCAAGAUACUUUGUGGGAGAGAAACGCUGACUUCCAUUUACUUGUUCUGCCCUGUUUUAGAAGGAUUUUGUUUCGAAUCACCUGCACCUUGUUUGUUUCGAAUGUAACACUGCUCGAGACAGUGCGUUUGAGGGGGGACGAGCUGGCCAGUGCUUCUUGAGGUUCAGAUCUUGCUGGCCGAAGGGAAGGGAGAGGUCGGAGGAGGUGAAGGGGUGCGAAUGUGGCUGAUGGAUUGCCUCUCCGUGGCUCUGCUUUGUGCAGCCCUGGCUCACGCCGGCUGCACUGGGCAGUCGCGGGGGACAGAGGGGGGUCGAAGGCGCCUCAGCAGGGUCCAGCACGGAGCGUGCAGCUACACCUUUGUGCUGCCUGAGCUGGAGGGGGGCUGCCGCGGAUCGGCCGAGACCCACAGCACCAACUUCCUGCAACGGGAUGCGCCGCAACCAGAGCAGGAGUGGCCAUCGCAGGCGCUGCAGCGACUGGAGGCUAGGUCGGACAACAACACACAGUGGCUACGCAAGCUAGAGACCUACAUCCAGGACAGCAUGAAGAGUGAACUGGCCCAGCUACAGCAGAAUGCUGUGCAGAACCACACAGCCACCAUACUGGAGAUCGGCACCAGUCUGCUGAGCCAGACAGCCGAGCAGACACGCAGACUGACAGACGUCGAGACGCAGGUCUUGAAUCAAACCUCACGACUUGAAAUCCAACUGCUGGAAAAUUCUUUAUUCACAAACAAGCUGGAAAAGGAGUUGAUUCUCCAGAACAACAACAUCUACCAACUGCGGGAUAAGAACAGCUUCUUGGAGCAGAAACUCCUGGCCAUGGAAGGCCAGCACAAGGAAGAGAUGGAGAGCCUGAAGCAGGAGAGAGGGAACCUCCAGGACCUGGUUCUCCGGCAGAGUCGCCUGAUCAACGAGCUGGAGACGCAGCUGGGCUGGGCCACCAUCAACAACACCAGCCUGCAGAAGCAGCACAAGCAACUGGCCGAGACUGUACACAACCUCCUCCAACUGGUCUCACGGGAAAUGGGGAGAUCCGCCAUGGAGGACAAGCUAUUCCGGGACUGUGCAGAGGCCUAUCAUGCCGGUCACAACAGGAGUGGUGUCUACAGUAUUCGUCUCGCCGAGAUGUCGGAAACCAGGAAGGUGUACUGCAACAUGGAGACCGCGGGAGGUGGCUGGACCGUCAUCCAACACAGAAGGGAUGGCAGCGUAGACUUUCACCGGACCUGGAAAGAAUAUAAAAUGGGUUUUGGGAAUCCAUCCAGCGAACAUUGGCUUGGCAAUGAGAUGCUGUUUCUUCAGACAAACCAACGGCAAUACUCCCUGAGGAUCGACAUGCGCGACUGGGAGGGUAACCAAGCUUACUCGGUCUAUGAGAAGAUUCAAGUGGCCAGUGAAAAGCAAAACUACAGGCUCUUUCUGAAGGGAUUCAGUGGCACUGCAGGGAGGCAGAGCAGUUUGGUUUUACACGGAGCCAGUUUCAGUACCAAGGACCUGGACCAUGACAACUGCAUCUGCAAGUGUGCCCAGAUGUUGACAGGAGGCUGGUGGUUUGAUGCUUGUGGGCCUUCCAAUCUGAACGGAAUUUAUUACUCUGCGGCACAGAAGCUGGGCAAGCUGAAUGGGAUAAAGUGGCAUUACUUCAAGGGCCCCAGCUAUUCCCUCCGCAGUGUCACCAUGAUGAUCCGCCCCUCUGGCUUCUGAAGCGCGGGGUUCGGUCCGAAGCACAUCACUAACCUGGAGGUGGUUCAGCACAAUUCCUGGACCCUGCUUCCCACACCACAUUCUUCUCUCUCCCUUCCCAAGGAUCUGAAACAGUGGAAGAACCCAGCCUUUCUGCACAGACUCUCUCUGCGGCCCAUCUGUCAUAUACACACCUUGACUCCCACAACCAGGAAGAUCCUUUCACUGUUGGACUGUUGGAGAUGUGAGCUUCUCCAUGUCUGCCUUGGGUCCCUAGCGCUGGAGUAGGGUGGGGGUGGUGGGACCCAAGGCACGAUGACGAGGGCAUAAGAGGGCAUAUCUUGAAGAACGUAUGAGGGACCGGCAGACACGUGGGCU